CAACCUCACACACACAUCUACCCACAACAAGGGCGACUCGUCCGAGGACAGCACGGAAGCGCCUCAAGAUGUCCCAGUAGUCUACACAACCUUGUCGGCAAACGAGGUUGGCGUUCUUGCGCGCGCGUAUUUGCAAGCAGCCACAGCAGAGUACACGAGCCUUCUGAAGGGCACCCAGGAAGACGACGAUUCACAAUACCAUGCCUUCGCCGAGAAGAUCCGAACAAUUGCCACCAAGAAUGGGAUUGAAGUCCUUCCAGUGUGGCGUGCCCCGCAGAAACCUGCCACAAGGACAUACCUCGACAACAUGAUGAAGCUGUCCUUCACGGAAGACAUCAAGACCCUACUACAGGAAAUCCGCAGUUUGUUCGACAUCAAGAAGGCGCAGGUGCCACAGGUGACCUUCGACGAGGCGGAAACCUUCCUUCGUCGUCUUGAUGAAGUCGCACGCAAAGGACCGGCCGAGUGCAAAGAGUUGGGACAGUUUCGACAAGAUUUACAGUCGAGUGUAGACCCCCGCAAUGCUGCCAAGGAGAAGGAAAAGGACGUGGACGUGGCCCACAGAACAGUUUAUGCGCAGCCGUUCUCGGCCGAGCUUCUCUGCCCUGAUUGGCACCUGCACAAUGAGUGGUUCCAAGUGGUCAAACACAAGGACAAACCCCUGCACUUUGCUGAUGCCUUUUGCACGCCCGAGACGCUCUUCAACGACCGCAUGCAAGCGCCCCUCGUCAGGGCGUGUGGUGAUGCAGCAGUGUACGUCAAGAGCCACGCGUCGUUUGAGGCCGACCCCGCUGUUGUCGUUCACUAUGCUGUGCGUCUGGCCUCGAACCUUGACUGCAACCCACUGUUGAUUGAUCUCAAGACCCGUGACAGCCGGCGGGCACAGGAUGCUGCCAAGGCGCAGGUGCUGGAGUACGCAGCAAAGGCCAUCAAGUCCGCAGGCCCGGAGUGGCGUGACUUGAAGGGGUAUUUGUUCCCCUUUGCCAUCACUGUCUGCAUGUAUAAAGUGUCCGUGUACGCGUGCACGCUGGGCGAGGAGAUGCACGGUGGCGAGGCCUUUCCCAGUGUCCUUUACACAAAACUUGGCGACAUCGACCUGAGCAGGCUUGGGUAUGUCAUUGAGUGGCUGCUCGACGAAGAGCACAUGGCGCAUUACGAGAAUGUUUCCGCCAUUGCCCAGACGACAGCCACAACUGCUGGCUUCUCGGACACGCCUUCCUCGACAACCACCCACACCACUAGCACCAGCGACAAGGAAGAAGCAGCCCAGGCAGAAUCCACGCCACCACAGCAGGCUGUCGACACGCAGUGCAGCACAAAGACAGCCAAGGCCGAAGCCAAGGCCAAACCCACACCGCAUCAGGGCCGGGGCCAGCAGGCAAAGGCACGCAGACCGGUAACUCGCGGCGCCUCCAGAGUCAACCGCAAAGCAGCAGCGGCAGCGCCAGCAAGCGAAGACACGCCAAGCCGCAAGUCGCGCCGUCUCGAGGAGCACGCCAGCAAGACCGGGUACCGGGCGUAG